AUGCUCAGAAUUGCUAGCUUCUCACGGAAAAACACUUCUGAGGCAGAUCCUUUCAACAACGCCGGCCUCGACGACGACGACAAUUUCAAAAGAAGCAAAAAGUUGAAACGUAAGCAAGAAACAUCUGGAGGAAUAAAUCAUAGGAAAGCUUCUCGUAGUUCGUCCAUGGAGAAGGGGAAGAACUCCGAUGAAGAGUUGGCGGAAGAUGAUUCCGAUGGUAAGAAUUGGAAAGGCAUCUUGAUAGCCCUGUUGGUCAUCCUCAUCAUCUGCUCGCUCGUUGGCCUUGCUAUCUUCAUCGUAUCAUUAAAAAACACUGGCAACAGCCUGGGUGAGCCCAUCACCUUUGAUGACAUCUUCAGUGGGAAUUUUGACGUUAAAAAAUUCAACGGAAGAUGGAUUGGAGAUGUGCUAGUGUACAAACAUCUUGAAUCUGGUGAUGUCUACAUGUACAAUACAGAAACAAACCAAAGCGAAAUAAUUCUAACUGAUAACCAGCUGAAAUCGUUGGAGAGUGAACAGUUCUGGGUGUCGGCUGAUCUUAAAUACGUCCUGGUGGCUUAUGAAGUCGAUCAACUGUACAAAUAUUCAUUCAAUGCGAAAUACAAAAUCUUCCCUCGUUUAACUUCUGAUAAACACCAGCCCAUAGAAUUUCCUCUCGACAAAAGUCCAGAAAGAGUGUGGAGUACCCGCAAGUUGCAGUACGCGGAGUGGUCCCCGUCUGGACAUUCACUGACAUUUGUGUACAACAACAACUUGUACUUCCAAUCCGAACCAUACGUCACUCCAGUUAAGAUCAGUGACAACAAGAACACUGACGUCAUCUUCACGGCGGUUCCUGAUUGGCUCUACGAAGAAGAAAUUUUUUAUAGUGGUAAGGGUCACUGGUUGUCUCCAGACAACAAAAACGUCGCCUACAUCCAACUGAAUGAGACCAACGUGAACAUGCAGACGAUCACGAGGUACGACGGACAGGAGACCUUCUACGACGACUACGUCAAACUCUACUAUCCAAAAGCAGGAGAAUUGAGAGAAGGCAACAAUCCGACCAUCAAGUUGUACGUGGCUGACACCUCCAACGUCAAAUCAGUUCACCGCCUCAUUUCUCCUCCAAGCGAGUUCACCAGCAUUGAGCACUACAUAACGAUGGUGAAGUGGCAAGACUCAAAACAUUUGAUGAUCACCUGGUCCAAUCGUGCCCAGAACAAAUCAAUCAUCAUCGUUUGCAAUGUUGACUCUAUUGAUUGCAGGCAGGACAACAUCCAGCUGAUCAACAACAACCAGUAUUAUGCAUUCAUCUCGUCAAAACUCGUCAGUCAGUCAGGAUAUUGGAAACAUGUUGCCCUCGCUUCUGCCUCUAUGAAUUCAGAUGAACACAAAGUUUUCCUGACGGAUGGUCCUCGCGAAGUGUUUGAAAUCGUCGGUCAUGACGAUGAAACCAAGACCUUAUAUUACACUGGAACGGACGGAGACCCCAGGCACAAAUUUUUGUACAGUCUGAAGCUGCCGAACGAUAUCAAAGAACUGCGACAAAUCCAGCAGCCGAGCGUGCAUCACGACAUUUCAGACAUCAACGACAACCACAACCACAGCAAGGGUAGAUUGAAAGUGGAACGUCUGACGAACGCGACUGCUUGCAAGUUCGUCCACGUAGACUUCAGUGCAUCUGGAAAGUUCUACAUCGAAACCUGCUUGGGCCCGCACGUUCCAGUGGUUACACUUAGAAACACCAUGAAUAAUGAAGUCAAAGUGUUGGAAAGUAACAAGGAGCUGAUCAAGAAACUUGCGAGCAAGGCACUGCCCAAGAAGCAGUACUGCAAAGUUAAAGUUGAUGAUGGCAUUGAGAUGUAUGGUCAGUUCUUCCUACCACCAAACGCACACAAAGAACUUUACCAGUACCCUCUCAUCAUCAACGUUUACGGAGGGCCAGGAAGUCAGCAGGUAACAGAGGAGUUCAAACUUGAUUGGCUGACGUACCUGAGCAGUGCGGAGAAUGUUGUCGUGGCCUCGUUCGAUGGUCGGGGAACUGGUGGCCGAGGUGAUGCCUACCUCCACGAAAUCUACCACAAGUUGGGCAGCAUCGAAGUCGAAGACCAGAUGAAAGGAGCUGAGUUCAUGAAGACGAUGUCUAACAUAAACAAAGACAGGAUAGCAAUAUGGGGAUGGUCGUAUGGUGGCUUUGUCGUUGGACACGUUCUAGGAGACAAGGACGACGAUGAAUUCAAGUGUGGCAUCGCGGUAGCUCCCGUGACAGACUGGAGAUAUUACGACACUGUAUACACGGAAAGAUACAUGGGGAGGCCAACAAGCUCGGAUAACUAUAUUGGAUAUGAUAGCGCAAAUGUCUCCCGGAAGGCCAAAUACUUCAAGAAUAAAAAAUUUCUUCUGAUACAUGGCACAGCUGAUGACAACGUACAUCUGCAACACAGCAUGCGUCUGAUGAAAGCACUCGCCGAAGCCAAGGUCAUGUUCCAAAGUCAAAUAUACCCGGAUAAAAAUCACAUGUUGGGUGGACGGUCAACAACAAAACAUUUGUACAAAACCAUGGUCAACUUCCUCAAAGAUGACUGUUGGAGUGACGCAAAGAUGUUACAACUGGAAUCGAAACAUCUCGAAGGAAAUCAGAAGCAGAAAGGAAAGUCCAGAGGUUCAGUGGUCGUGGAGGCAAGCAGGCCGAUCGUCCCUGCCUUCUAUGAGGGGAUCAUCUUUCGAUCUUGCAACACAAACCCAUUCGCCGUGCAACUGUGGGAUUGCUUGUCCGACCUGUCGUCAUGCGUUCUCAAAUGGCAGUUCGUCGUCAAUCCGACGAUGAAGGACUCCGAGAAGGUUACUCUCAGUCCCGGAGUGAACAUCUUAGCAUCUUAUAGAGUCGGCUUCUUCACGCCAAUGAACUCUCAACUGUCAGUACCCUACGGAGUUGAUUCGUCCUUGGCUUACAUGUCAGAAAGUGUUGACGACUUCAACAGUUUCAGUGAACUGACAGUAGGAGCAACAAUCAAUAUGAAGUCACUUACAUGGACUCGGUCGUUUGCCAAGUCAUUCAUCUUCUGUAGGACACAAGAUUGUUCAGAUGUUCCUCCAGAUGCCAUGGCAUCCAUAAUGCCAGUUAGAGACAAUCCAAGCCAACCACCUGAGGGCCAGUGUUGUGCCCAAGCCCAAUGCAACUCAAGUCUCAGCAUCAACAAGAUACAGACCAACACAGAACUCAUAAACACGUUAACAAAAACAAUUGACGAACUCGAAACAUUGAUAAAGACGAUCAGCAUCACCAACUACACUCCUGCCAGAUGUCCGCAGAAUUUUGUACCUGGUGAGUAUGGAUUGAGAUCUUGUUACCUCGUGGUUAGAGAAAAGUUCAGUUUCUCUGAAGCUGCUCUCUUCUGUAGGGACAGUUCAGAAUCAACUAUUGUUCAAAUUAACACGCUGCAGGAAAACAAUUUUCUGUCCAACUUGACGCAAAUGAGCUCAAACAAUCAGGAGGAAUUCUUCUGGAUGGCAGCCAUGUACGAGCUACAAAACAACCAAUGGUUCUGGUACGACAGCAACUUGGAAACAAAAUCGCCAAUAACAUAUUCCAACUGGGACAGAGGAAUAAAACCAGUUGGUCAAUCAGUCGAUGAUGUUUGCAGUAACUUCGACGUUAAACUCUCUCCAGCACAAGGGACCUGGGUGAAAAAAUUCUGCACUGAGAAGAACUAUUUCAUUUGCGAGUUUCCCAAGGAAUGUGAUUAA